GUCUGUGUCAUGGAUAGACGAUCAGAUGAGUGCCUGCUAGGAGAGAGUUCAAGACAAGACGCCUACGACGACCCAGAGAGCCCGUUUAUCCCCAUGUUCCGUGCCAAAUCAUUGACACCAGCUCAAGGCAGAAAUCGACCUCUCAGGACGUUAUGCACAGUUCUGGCGGCUGUCUCUUUACUCAGCUUUGCAGUUGUCCUGCUUAAGCCUUUGAGCUAUUGGGACAUUGAGGAUGCGCCUGCGCAUUCCGCUAUCCUCAACUCUCAAUCUUACGUUCGAGGCCCGCCCACACAAGGCUUUCGAGAUAACCUUCGUAAUGACACAAAUUACAUUACAUCGUGGAUUUCUGCAGGAUGGACGAAUGACGUGAUGACCUAUGGGAAUUUGAUCUACCUCGCACUCAUAACAGGGCGCAUACCCAUAAUCGCGAAGUUCAUCCCUUCUCAUGUCGAUAACAGUGCACCUCCAUUUGCCUUUGGGGAGGUGAUCGACGUCCCUCGGCUUAGCAAAGCCAUAGGAAUCCCCUUGCUUGAAUGGCACGAAGUAAAGGACUCGGAAAGUCAGGUUGUCGACGAUCUUGGUUGUUGGAGUGUUUGGGAGAGCGUUCAAAAGCAGGAUCCCCAUCCACGGGGAAGUCCCUCCCUGAACUGGCUCAAGCUUGAUAUUUCGUGGACGCGAACCCCAGAUUGGGUCAAGCUGACACCUCCUGGCAUAGAAGACAAUCAUGCUUCCUUUUGGUCUCUUGCAACACUCGGAUUUCCGGAGGCUCGCUCGAAUAGCCUGGCAUUAACGAAUCAUCCUUCUCCUCAGCAUGAGGUUUCUCUUCCCCCGGAUGAUCAAUUACUAUGCUUCGAUUAUCUUUACUACGUGGGCGCCCAGAACGCAUGGGAAUGGGAAUCGGACUAUUCUCCUGCAUGGAGAUUUGUAGGCCAACACAUGCGCUGGAAUGCGAGCCUUGAAAGGCUUGCUGAUGCGCAUGCCCGGCGCGCUAUGAAUGUACCAGAAAAUGAACCAACACCACUCUAUAUAUCCAUCCACAUGCGGCACGGCGACUUCCGCGUUUACUGUAAUGAUUUUCCGGUGGAUCAGUGUUUCGCCUCGUUGCCUGUUAUUGCGCGCAGGGUGUCCGAGGUGCAAGAGGAGCUUCGCACACAAAAAGGUAUCGAGGUCACCAGAGUUAUCAUGACGAGCGACGAGCGUGACCCAGAAUGGUGGUCUGAGGUCAGGGCACUGGGCUGGAAUAGGGUAGAUUAUGCAACAGAGCGGACAGAGGAGAUCUAUGGAAAGUGGUAUCCAGUGUUCAUUGACGCUGUCAUUCAAUCAAAUGGAGCUGGCUUCGUCGGCACUCAUGGCUCCACGAUGACCACCCUAGCCCGCCGCAGAGUGGAGUCGUGGCAUGGUGGACCAACCCGGGUAGUCAAAUGGGGCUCGCCGGACGCUGAUGACCAUUGAUAUAAUUGGACUAGUGGAAUGGAGAUGAUGAUCUUGCGCCGCACGUGAAAUGAUCUUUAUCGUUGCAUUUUUAGACUUUUUAUCUAAGUUGCUCGUAUGGACACACCUCAUAUACCAAUAAUUUAUAAUGCGCAU